UCACAAAUUCACAAUUUCUCUUGAAAACUAGUCUACAAGAUAUGGUUGCCGCGGAACUUUAGAAAGAAAUUUUGAAGUUUUCAGGCUUUACGUGCUGUUUUAAUUUAGAAUGCCUCGAGAAAUAAUUACAUUACAACUGGGACAAUGUGGGAACCAAAUUGGUAUGGAGUUUUGGAAACAGCUUUGUGCAGAGCAUGGCAUUAGUCCAGGUGGUAUGCUGGAAGAUUUUGCCACUGAGGGCACAGAUAGAAAAGAUGUAUUCUUUUAUCAGGCUGAUGAUGAGCAUUACAUUCCUCGUGCAGUUCUCUUGGAUCUUGAGCCUAGAGUGAUAAACACAAUCAUGAAUUCCCCAUACAGUAACUUGUAUAAUCCUGAAAAUAUUUACCUGUCAAAACAUGGAGGAGGUGCUGGUAACAACUGGGCCAGUGGCUAUGGCCAGGCAGAACAACUGUAUGAGGAAGUGUUUGAUAUUAUAGAUAGAGAAGCUGAUGGCAGUGACAGUCUUGAGGGCUUUGUACUGUGUCAUUCUAUAGCUGGAGGGACAGGCUCUGGUAUGGGGUCAUACAUACUUGAACGUUUAAAUGACAGGUUUCCAAAGAAAUUAAUUCAGACAUACUCUGUGUUUCCUAACCUUGAUGAGAUGUCAGAUGUUGUGGUGCAGCCAUAUAACUCUAUAUUAACCCUGAAACGUCUCACCCAGAAUGCAGAUUGUGUCGUGGUUUUAGACAACACAGCAUUGAACAGAAUAGCAGCUGAAAGAUUACAUAUAGAUGCUCCUUCUUUCGAACAAAUUAAUCAACUCGUAUCAACUGUAAUGUCAACAUCGACGACAACACUUCGUUACCCUGGUUACAUGAACAAUGAUCUGAUUGGUUUAAUUGCGUCUCUUAUACCCACACCAAGAUUACACUUCCUGAUGACAGGUUACACUCCACUUACUACAGAUGCUCAGGUGGCAAGUGUGAGAAAAACAACGGUACUAGAUGUAAUGAGAAGGUUAUUACAGCCUAAGAAUAUGAUGGUAUCUACCCCAGUAACACGACAUACAAACCAUUGUUAUAUCUCUAUAUUAAAUAUCAUA